AAAAAGAAUACUAUUUAGAAAAGUUUUAGUCAAAAAUACUCACAUUCUUAAUUAUCUUUAAAAGAUUUAUUUUAAAUCGGGAUAGGAAUUAGAAAUUCAUGUCGAACUGUGAACUAGUGUUUGGAAUAAAAAAAUAAACAAUGUCCUUUAAGAGGGAUGGUGAUGAUGUUGACCAGCUUGGGGUCUUAAGAAGAAGGAGGGUUAAAGAAUUAUUUACAGAAGACAUUCCAGAGGAUGAGGCUUUGCUGACAAGCAAUGGAAGGUAUGCAUGCCUAGUGUGUGCCAACAGACCUGUGUUUGAUACAGUCAUUGUAUUGUCACAACACAGACAAGGAAAGAAACAUCAGGCUUACUUUGUGCAAUUCCAAGAGAAGAAAGAUGAGCUAGAUAUGCUGAUAAAGCAAAGAAAACAAGACCAGUAUUUGAAGGAUGGAACUACUGAUAUAAAGCAGGCCACAACAUCACAUAAAGGCCUGGGAUGCGGACACAGGUAUGACCCAAGGGUAAAGAAAAAGUUCCAGUCUCAGAAAACACGUGUAAGCCUGUCUGGUCCAUCUGAUGGUGAGACACCAUGUCAGAGCGAGGCUCAUACUGCUACUGAUAUUGCAUCACUUCCUGGAAACUCCCGUGUCAUAAUACCAUCACCAAAGGUUGCUGGAAUUUUGAAAAAGGAAUUCCCAAUAAAUGAGUCCAAAAUUGAAAAAUCUAAAGUUCUAUCCUGUUCCUCUGGUGAAUUCAAUACCAAUGAAAAAUUCAGGCAACACAUUAUGGGCCAGAAGGGCCCUUUUCUUCAUGAUAAACAAUUGAAAAAUAUUUUCUCAGGUCCAACAUCAAAUAGUUUUACUCCUAUGCCAUACAAGAGAAAAGCAGCAUAUGGGGAUGAUAUUCAGUGUAAAUCUAAACAAACAAAGGAGAGUUGUCAUAAUGCAAUAGACAAUAAUUCUAAACCUGGUUGUGCCUCUAAAACCUAUGAACAAAAUCACCAUGUGAAUGAAAUUGAUCUUACCUCAGUGUUCAAGUCGAAAAUAAAAAAGCCAACCACCCAAAAAAGCCAGGAGGACAAGAAAAGAAUUCAAGAAAAACAAGAACUGGCUGACAAAUACCUAUACUACAGGGGUGGGGGAUGGAAGAAAAACUGGAAGGGAGAGUGGAUCAAGGAUGAAGAUGUGGAGUUUGACUCUGAUGAAGAACCACCAGAUCUUCCAUAGACUCACAUUUUGUAUAGAUGUUUUACUGGAUCAAACCCAAAAUAAAAUGUUUUACAA